UUCGACUACCUUUUGUGGAAGGCUUUGAAAAUAAGAUUGAUUGACCGAAAAGGUGAAGAAAAGAUGGCGAGACUUGAUCGAGAAUGUGAAGAAAGGAAGGCUUUAAUUGAUAAGGAAACUGAUGCAAAAAUAGCUAAUAUUGUCAAGUAUUUCCAAGCUGUCAAGAAGUUUAAAGAGGAUAAACGCAAUGAAUCUCGUCGUAUACAAAAUACUGGUCGUAAGCGUUUGAGAUCGACUGGUUUGGUGCGUAUACGCCUUAAAUUUAGCCUUUUUUAA